CUUAUUAUUCGUACGUCAACGAGCGUCACCGCGUCAUGAGUGUUUUCAAACACGUUGGUGUGCCAGCCAGUACCGUCAUAUAUUUUCGACCCCCAAGUUCAUCAUGCUGAAAGUAAAGUUUCCUGGCAUGGCGGUGGCCAGUAAAGGGAAGGAAACUUACCGAAAGUAUUCACCAGAUAAUUUGGACAAAGCGUUAGCGGCUGUAACUGGUGAGGGUUUCUCUAUCAAAAAAGCUUCAAGAAUUUAUGCUGUUCCAUAUUCUACUCUGUAUGAUAGAGCCAAUGGAAGAAUAAAAAAGUUGCAAUGCACUAAGUCGGGACCCGAUCCCCUGUUGAGCGUGGAAGAGGAACAGACACUAGUAACAUACAUUGAGUUAAUGGCUUCCUUUGGCUAUGAGUACAGCCGUACUGAAGUAACAUCACUUGCUACUGACUUGGCUGUCCGCCAUGGACUGAAAAAGAAGUCCGAUAAGCCCCUCUCACUGCAGUGGUUUUAUAGCUUCAUGAAACGCUGGCCAGAGCUCAAGGUAAAGAAACCUAAAUCUCUCGAGAUAAUGCGAACUAAAGCCACCUCUCUUGAGACGGUCAAUAAAUACUUUGACGAACUGGAGCAUAUUCUAGAGAAACAUAACCUAGUAGAUCGACCACAGGCCAUCUACAUUGUUGAUGAGAAGAGCAUCACUGAGUACCAUAAACCUCCAUCAUGUAUUGUACUACCCUCACAUCAAGCAACGCCUCCAGAAGAUACCAUGGAUGAAUCAACCACUACAACAGUAAUUGGAUGUGGGAAUGCUGUUGGCAUGGCCGUACCCCCAUUUUUCAUAUUCAAGGGACCCCGUAUGCGAAAGGAAUUCUUGAAAGGUUGUACUACCGGUACUGCAGGGGCGGCCAGCGACUCCGGCAAGUCUAGCUCAGACACUUUUAAGAGAUACCUUGACCACUUCAGCAAAUACCGCGUUCCUGCAACACCAGAAAACCCUAUCUUGGUAUUGUAUGACGAACAUAAGUGUAAUGUUUCGCUAUCGCUAAUUCAAUGGGCACGGGAGGAGAGAAACAUCAUCCUUUUUGUACUUCCGGCAUACACUUCGCAUAUUCUUCAGCCCAUGGACGUUGGAUGUUUUGGACCGUUUGAAAACAUCCUUAAUGAUUUGCGGAAAAAAGCACCACCUGGUGUUGCCAAACACUCCCCGUUGUGUGCGUUAGCUUGCAAGGCAUAUACAUCUGCAUUCACGCCAAGUAACUUGCACGAAUCCUUCAGACGGAGUGGCAUCUACCCAGUUGACCGAUGUUCUGUGGAACAAUCCAGCUUCCGCACUCCAACCAAAGGUACUUCUUCCACGUCGGUCAUGCCAGAACCGACAGCUGUGACAGCUGAAGAUGCCGCUGACAUGCACCAACUUUUUCAAGAAGGCUGAAGCGUUGCUGACAGAGAACCCUAAACAGACAAAGAACACUGAACUCGUUCUCACAACAUUCUGGUAGUCUUGGUGCAAGACGUUGCUACAUGUAUUCACAUUAUCACUCAACUAUCGCGAUCCCCUGCUCGCACUCUCCUCGCUGCGCACAUAACGAUCAUUUUGCACCAAGACUACAUUUUUUCAUUUAAUAAAGAGUAAGACACAGGUAGUUUUAGACAAUAUUAGGAAAAUCUGGAGAAAGAAACCAAGAUGAUCAGUCACCAGGGUCCAUUUUUAUGGUUAUUACCACCAAAUUCUGCACUUGCGAUCACCAUUCUCCGCUUAAUGUGCAAGCGCCGCAUUUCUGUGCUAGCUGUGUAACUGUAAGCAUAGAAUGUCUAAGUAACAAGGAGUACGCAGUCGCACAAGCUUAAAUUCCUAGCUUAACCCUUCCCUGCUUCCUUAAGCGCUGAUUCUUCGCUUUCGGUAAGCAUGCAGAGCCAUGAAGUUGGGCCGCGGUGUUCACAAAAACAAAGUACUUCUGGGACAAGCCAUCAGAACAGAAAACCAAGAUGCAACCUGCAUAACUACAUGACAUUUACUUCUUUGCCUUGCACAGUGCACAUUGUUGAAUUAAAAAGUUACUGUGUGUUGCAAGAAACCCCCCACUCCAAAUAAGUGUAAAGGGUGGCUGCAGUGUUUUUUUAAAUAAUUUAAACGAUUAAACAUGACUUUUUAAACCUGGAAUAUUUUUUAUU